AUGGUCACAAAUCCUCUUGAUUACGUUGAACCAUUAGGGAAAGCAGGUGCUUCAGGUUUUACUUUUCACAUUGAAGCUGCAAAAGAUAAUUGGAAAGAACUCGUGCAACUGAUCAAGUCAAAGGGCAUGACACCUGGUGUUUCUCUGAAACCUAGAACGCCAAUUGAAGACGUGUAUCCACUUCUUGAAGAUGAAAAUCCUGUGGAAUUGGUUCUUGUCAUGACUGUUGAACCUGGAUUUGGUGGGCAGAAGUUCAUGCCAGAAAUGAUGGAUAAGGUGCGUACACUGAGGAAGAGUUAUCCAUCACUAGACAUAGAGGUGAGUUCAGGUGCCUUAUCGUGGUUAGAUUUCGUUAGCUUUCUCAUAUCUGUUCUCGAUAUUGAGGUGGAUGGUGGUUUAGGAGCUUCAACUAUUGAUAUGGCAGCUUCUGCCGGAGCAAACUGCAUUGUUGCGGGAAGUUCGGUUUUUGGCGCUUCUGAUCCAGCUCAAGUUAUAGCCCUACUGCGUAAGAGCGUAGAGGAUUCCCAGAAAACUAAAUAA